CGCUCAGUAUAACUCGUGGGGCUGCGGCGGCCAUGGCCACAGCCGCCUCCAACCCCUACGGCCUGCUGGGCGCCGGCGCGCUCGCCCACGCCGAGGGCGCGGGCAUGCAGCAGGGCAGCCCGUUCCGCAGCCCGCAGAAGCUGCUGCAGAGCGAGUACCUGCAGGGCGUCCCGGGCAAUGGGCACCCGCUGGGGCACCACUGGGUGACCAGCCUGAGCGACGGCGCGCCCUGGCCCGCGGCGCUGGCGGGCGGCCCGCUGGAGCAGCCCGACGUGAAGCCGGGCCGCGAGGACCUGCAGCUGGGCGCCAUCAUCCACCACCGCUCGCCCCACGUCUCCCACCACUCGCCCCACGCCAACCACCCCAGCGCCUGGGGGGCCAGCCCGGCGCACAGCGCCUCGCUCGCCGCCCCCCCCGCCGCCGCCGCCGCCGCCGCCGGGCAGCCCCUCGGCGUGUACUCGCAGGGCGGGUUCGCGGUGGGCGGGAUGCUGGAGCACGGCGGGCUCACCCCGCCGCCCGCCGCCGCCGCCGGGCAGGGCUUGCACCCGGGGCUGCGCGGCGAGGGCGGCGGCGAGCACGGCGAGCUGGGCGGCCACCACUGCCAGGACCACUCGGACGAGGAGACGCCGACCUCGGACGAGCUGGAGCAGUUCGCCAAGCAGUUCAAGCAGCGCCGCAUCAAGCUGGGCUUCACCCAGGCCGACGUGGGGCUGGCGCUGGGGACCCUCUACGGCAACGUCUUCUCGCAGACCACCAUCUGCCGCUUCGAGGCCCUGCAGCUCAGCUUCAAGAACAUGUGCAAGCUGAAGCCGCUGCUGAACAAGUGGCUGGAGGAGGCCGACUCCUCCACGGGCAGCCCCACGAGCAUCGACAAGAUCGCGGCGCAGGGGAGGAAGAGGAAGAAGCGGACCUCCAUCGAGGUGAGUGUCAAGGGCGUGCUGGAGACGCACUUCCUCAAGUGCCCCAAGCCGGCCGCCCAGGAGAUCUCGUCGCUGGCGGACAGCCUGCAGCUGGAGAAGGAGGUGGUGCGGGUCUGGUUCUGCAACCGGCGGCAGAAGGAGAAGCGCAUGACCCCUCCGGGGGAGCAGCCGCAGCACGACGUGUAUGCCCACGGCGUGAAAACGGACACGGGCUGCCACGACCUCUGACCGCGGUCCGGCCGCGGGACUGCCCUCGGGCUUUAACUUAUGCUUCGGGAGUCGCGGCGCGGGGUCCCCGCCCGCCGCCGCCUCGGAAAUAUUUUUAUUCCUCUCUCCGACCUUCCCGCUGGUCACACACGGUGUUUACUCGCAGACAAGGUUUGUUUUUCGGGCUCCGCUUGGACGAAGGAGAAAAAAAAAAAAAAAAAAGCGAAAAAAAAAAAA